AGGCCCUGGAGAUCAAAGUUCUAUGUGUCCUGGGACUUCCCUCUCAUCCCAGUCCCUGAUCAGGGGAAGAGGACAGCCCAGCCUUGGCAAGAAUGGAUAAGCACGGAGUGAAGACUCCCUUGUGGAAGAAGGAACUGGUAGAGCCGCAGGCCAGAGAGGUUGCGGCGGCAGAGGAAGAGGAGGAGGGGUUGGAGGAGGAGGACGACGACGACGACGAGGACGAGGAGUUGAGGCCGCGGGAGCAGACGGCGGCCGAGGGCGAGGCGCAGUGCCGGGAGGCGGAGGACGGCGAGGGUCGCGAGCGGGGCUCCGUGUCCUACUGCCCGCUGCGCCAGGAGUCCAGCACCCAGCAGGUGGCGCUGCUGCGGCGCGCGGACAGCGGCUUCUGGGGUUGGCUCAGCCCCUUCGUGCUGCUCGGCGGCCUGGCGGCUCCGGCGGACAGGAAGCGGAGCCUCCCGGAGCCGCGGUGCGUGCUGGAGACGCGGCGCCGGCCGCCGCGCGCCGGGGGCUGUGCGCGCUGCGAAAUCCUUUUCUGCAAGAAGUGCAGGAACCUGCACAGCCACCCGGCCUACGUGGCGCACUGCCUUCUGGAACACCCGGAUCUGCGUGAGGCGCGGGCUUCGGGGGGCGCGGGAGCCGCCGGGGGCCCCUGAGCGCCCCCACUGCCAGCCUUUGUGCCCUCCGUCCUCGCCUGACCCCAGCCUCCCCACCACCUUCUCCUCUCCUCUGACGCGGGGCGUUCUCCAGCACAUUCCACAGAACAGCCCCUUCCCAGAGCCGCCCUGCCCGGAGCGCCUCCUCUGAGCCGGCAAGUGGGCCCACCUGUCACCGAGCGUCCACCCAAAGCUGAGCCCAGCAUCACCUGGAGCUCCAUGCCUCCGUUAGCGCCUCCCGAGGGCUUCCGCCCCGGGGGGCACACAGUGCCUACCGCCCACCUGACUCACGUCCCCUGGCACAGCCUCACAUUCAUCUCUUGGGUAUUUCAGGUCCGCCUGACCCAGUGGGCAGAGGCAUUGCCUCGAGAAACUAACCCCUGGGUUCCCUCACCGCUGAGAAACCUGCCCCUGCCCCUCAUUCAAUAAAGCCUUUAAUCAAA